GAUGAAUUAAAGUAUUUUCCGCAUUUUUGAGGAAACAAAGCUUGAAGCGGAAUACAUGAAUCACAAUGGCGCAAGAAUCUUACAGAAAGCUUGAACAAGAUCAAAAUGCUGUAACGAGGAAACGUCGUUGUUCGGCGGUCUUCGUUCAGAUUGCUUGCCAAGUAUCUUUGCUUAUUCUUUUGAUCAUUUGUGUCGUUUCUAUAGAAAGGCGAAUAACUCUCCUUGAGAAAAGAUUCGAUUCCAUGAAAGAAGAAAACAAUAAAGUUUCCCCUAAGAGUAAAAAGGGGCUCGCCGAACAUGGAUCAGCCAACUCAAGAUUGUCAAGCUUCAUCAAAAAAUUGCAUUCACUGGAGGAAAGGUAAGACAUGCACUAAAUAGUACUAGGUGGUCAAAGCUCGCUCAAAUUUGAAAGUAGGAAGAAAUACGCAAGAAUAAUUCAAUGAACACCAAACUGUAUAAUUGUUUAGUAGUCUCCUGGCUCCCAGAGUUGUCCCGAUAAUUGUGGCCUGAAAAAUUUCUCCUACUAUACAAGGUAUCCUUGUAACGGGAGUGAUCAACAAAAAAAAACAGGCUAAAGCUUAGUGCUCCAGUGAAAAGAUUGAAUGUAGAACGACUUCUUUCUCUUUGUACUGAUACUCAGAAAGUAGGCACCAAAAGAGUUAGAAACAAGGCCAUUUAAGAAAGCAUUGAACUUUUAAAACACUUGUAACUACCAAGAGUAUCUACUUUUUGUUUCGCCGGUAUGAAAAAUUUGAUUAAUCUGCCCCUCGGGUUACGGAUUCAAAACUGACAAUUGGAAGACAAGAAUUGGACACAUUAAGACUGAGAAGUUCAGCUACACUGUGCUUCCCAAAAAUCCUAAAGAAAUCAUGCAGAUAACUGUAGUGAUUUCGAGAUAUGACAUGUUUCGUAUUUAUUCUAAUUUUUGAUUAAGUAUUUUAGACUGAACGCAUUAAAACUGUUAAAACACUGAGUUAAUUUCAAAACGUAUUAAAAGAGUGAGUCAAUGUUAAGAGGGUAAAAAGGAAUUUAACCUUAAAGCUGGUGGGCACAAUCACUUGUCAUCGAUAGGUACAUGGGAGAAUUAUUUAAGUUUAUCGCAGCCCAUGCGUGUGGUAAAAAUAUAGACAAAUCUCAAAAGCCAGGUUUUAAUCCAAUAUAUCUGGCGCCAUAGAAGAGAGUUAACAGUCUAAACAAUGAUUUAAGUUGCUUUUUAAGUCGAUUACGAGUUAUUUGUCUCUUUGGCUAUUAAUUCCUGCGGCUCGAAAAUUCCCCUCCAACCCAAUAACUUUUCUAACGGUCCGUCCCUUACUGAGUCUAUUCUGUGACCAAUUAUUGACCCCAUCUUAGUCACUUUUUCAAUUUUGGGUAAUUUUCGCGAUCCCAACUUGGUCACUUUCUAUUUAUAUAUCUACCCUCUAAUAGUGAAUGAAAUUGAAGAACAUAUUACUUUUCACCUACAGUACAAACAUUCUGGUACGUUUGAUAACCGUAAAUAUGAAGAACUGUCUUACCCCAAAAAUCCGAAAAUGUGCGACCCCAUUAUAGUCAGUCCACCUUAAUAAUAAUAAUAAUAAUAUUUUUUUUUAUUAAACUUUAUUCAUAGAUUUUAAAAAAUAGACUAUUUACAGAUUCAAGAAUAUGAAUAUUAAAAUAUAUACCCUAUGUACAUUCUUCUUGUGUACGAAAGAGAAUUGUCGUAAAAUGACUAUCUAAAAACUACUAAUAACAAUUAUAAAAAGCAUCAAAAAGUUAAUAAAAAAAAAAAACUAUCUAAAAAUAAUAAUUCAAACUGAUAAAAAGUUACUACUUAAAUUCUGGCUUGCGCACUUUCCGAUGUAAUGUCAAUGUCAGAUAUAUUGGCUGCUCUUCUCUUUCUCCUGGUUCCUCUGAUAAUAAUAAUAAUAAUAAUAAUAAUAAAAAUAUUUAUCAUCAUCAUCAUUAUAAUAAUAAUAGGCUACAAUAGGCUGGUAUAGGCUCCUGUUCUCUGGUUGUAUAUCCACCUUUAGUUCUGGUAAACUCAGCGAACAAGUGAAAUAUUUUUCAACACGAGAGGAGAAAUUUCGUUUCUGAAAAAGGCCUUCUUUUGUAAUGUUCUUCUUAAUAAAUUAACACCAAUGGAAUAGUAAACUAUUUCACAUAAAAUUGUCUAUUUUGGGUGUCAUUUAUGACGUAACCAUACCAACGGUAAGGGUUUCACGUGCGAAGGUAAUGUGUUAAAUUUCGUACAUAUGAGGAUAUGUAUCACGCUUGUGCGCGAAAGCUCACCUGGUAAUGCAUUAGUGCUUAAAUAGAUAAUCUAAAAUAAUGCCUUUCAUAAGUAACUGGAAAUACCUGAAAUACCUAUCUCGCAACCUGUUGAUUAUUUUAAGACUCAAACGUCUUUUGAAUCUUUUGGAAGAUUUUUCGACAUUGCUUCAUUACUUCGCAUUGCAGUGACUGAAAAUAUUCGAGCGUCUUUUGGGGCCGAAACUAGCACAUUUUUUUAUUCUACAUUCACAAUAUUUCAAACUUCAAUCCAUGCUUACCUUGAUUGAUGUAAAGUUCCUUUCUUCAAAACCGACAGCAAAUUAAGGAUAUGAAGGAUUGUUUACUCUAACAAAUCUUCUUCGAGUAGCAGUCGUCAUCCGUUGAGUGGCAUUUCUUCUUUUUUGAUAUAUUUUUAAGCUUUUUCUUCUUCACAAAACGUGUGAAAUUUUGCGCCAUAUUCUCCAGCUCCGUCAACCUCGCCUUUUGCUGUCCCUUUUUCUCACGAUAUCCAUACAAUUGACGUCAGCUGAACUGAUAUCGGUAAACAUCUUCCAAGUCUGGUCAACGGUACCUGACUACUAAGAAUUAGCCGGGGGUGCUGAAGCCAAUCACAAAAGGAGAAAUAUUUUGAACGAAUAAUAAUGUACAGUAGUUCAGUAGCUUUAUUUCUCAUAUAGCAACUAGCGUCACCACGCCUAAGCGGGACGGCUCCUAGUUUGCAUGCCAGGCUAUCAAAAGAGAAAGGGAAGGGAAUUUAAGCGCGAGACCGAUUGCAAGAGAGAUAAAAAUUAACCAACAGAUUUGCGGUAAAAAAGCAACUGGAAAGAGUGUUAAAUUAAACAUGUUUUAAAUUGUUUAAGAGUCAGGAGUAAAUAGGACAGAAAACGUAGAUAAUGAAGUAGAUGAAGCAAACUUACAACUUAUAUCUUUUUCUUCAAGAGCAACUGAAUUGUCCAAAACAAUGCUCUUAAGGGAAACAUCAACAGGUAGGUAAUAACUCCUGUUUUAAUCGUUAUUUUUUCUAUUUCUGUGCCUAGACUGUCACACUUUCCCCCGUGUCCGGUAAUGCCAAUUAUCAUUCGAUGCAAAUUCUUCUUCCUUUUCAUUGGCCAAAAGCCCACCACGUGACCUGCAAAUAACUGCCAACAAAUAAUGGUCUGCUCAUGCUCAAUAUCGUCCACCUGUGUUUGGCUGCAAAUAAUAUUCUGCUCAUGUGUAAACGAAACCACGCUUUUGUCCUCCUUGCGGUCGCUCUUGCGUUAAAAAUGGCAGAUCGCUUCGCUUCCCGAAGAUACUCAUUAAAAAACAAACUUGGUGAUCGAAUGCUUAAACUAUUACAUUGAACUCGGUUAUCGCAAAAUAUCGUGAUUUGUCAGUGUCUCGCAGAUCAAUAAUUGAUCUGCUUGCCACUGACAAACCACAAUAUUUUGCUCAACCUCGUCCAGUAAUUGUUAACUGUUGACAAAUAAUAUGUAACUGCCCCUGAAUUUAUAAUAUAAUCAGUUAUUGUAUAAUCAUUAGGUGACAUCAAGGUUGGGCAACAAGUAUAUACUGGCGCAAGGGAAUCUUCACUGUCGAAAGGAGCGAUGAAAGAACGGCAAUUGGUGCAGCCCCAAUUGGGUGUGGCCUACACCCACUGGGGACGAAACAAUUGCUCAAGAGACGCCUCUUUAGUGUACCAUGGUAUGAGAAGUAGAUUUAUUUCAAACCACCACACAAAAAGGUCCAGUUUAAUAAAAGUUGUCAUGAUCAUACCUUGAUAUUUUACUCAGCGCUGGGCUGUAUUGGAGUAAUUACAACCACCUUUGCGGUCUCUUUUCAACUUCGACUCAAUUCCUUCGCUCCAGGGUCCGGUCUUGCUUCUUUCCGAGAAGAGACUUUUCGAGACAGGGGUGGGGAAGGGGUGCGUUGGCUCAUUUUUCGAACAGCGGCUGGUAACCGAGCCUAUUUUCAACUCGAACAACACUAUAAAAAAUAUUAACUUACGCAGCUCCUGACGUACUACGCUGCUUCAGCACUUUGGUGUUACCCCAAGAGUUAGCCCGGGUUUUUAUUACCUCGUUUUCCAGGCUUAUGGCCGCCAAUCCCCUCAGUCCUCCCUCACGAAAUAUUGUCCGGCACGCAACCUUGUCAGUCUCCUUGUGUCUUGGUUCACAUUUCACUUAGCACAAAGACCAACCACGCGGUCUAUUAGACUGCGAGAAGCGUCUUAUUUUUCUUUUGAGUCACAGUAGAUCGAGAUUACGCGUUAGGGGUGAGCGGCGAAGCCGCAAAAAACGAGGGCGGAAGCCCGAGAGACGAGCAUAAUUUUACUUCGCUCGCAUCGGGUGGCUCCGAGAAAAGAAGGACAUCUGCCGGCAGUCUAGCUUUAUAUUUACUCCGUUUGAUAAAAUAACUGAUAAGAGAGAAAGAUUCGGAUGAAAUAUCACCACUUUUUAUCUCAUGCAUUGAUGCUUUGCAGGGUUUAUGGCUAAUGGGUAUUCCAAACACCGGGGUGGUGGGUCUAACUACAUCUGCCUCACAAGUGAUGUCAAAUAUGGCGUACACUCUCAUCCCACCAAUAUUCGCAAAUUGAGAGCGACCAUCCAUGGAGCCAAGUACUAUACAACCUUCCGAGGUUUUAAGAACCACGUGAAUGAACAUCUCGUGCCAUGUGCUGUGUGUUACGUUGAUUCACGUGGAUCUCAAAUUAUGGUCCCCGCUACAAACAUGUGCCCGAAGGGGUGGAUCGUGGAGUAUCGUGGAUAUCUGAUGUCUGGUCAUGACCAGAAUCAUCAUUCCAGUCAAUUUGUAUGCGUUGAUGAAAGAGCUGAACCUGGGGGCACGACUUUUGGUGAUGGUGCUGCGCUGCAUGUAGUACGAAGUCAUUGCGGAGCCUUACCUUGCAAGUUGUUUCCCAAUGGCUAUCAACUGACAUGCGUUGUGUGUACAAAACAGUAAACAGUAAACACAAUAGGAAUUAUUUCACUAAAACUAAGAGAAAGUAAUUUCGUUAAUAGCAAUUACUAGAUGAGGCUGAGGCUAUGAAGAAUUCUGCAGAUCGAGGAGGAUGUUAUCGAUGGAGUCAAGGCUGCUGAGAAAGACAACAAGCUCCGAGAUCUGUCGAAUUCAAUAAAUGUUUUAUUAUUCAUUUAAAAGAUUUUUAAAAACUCUUCAAGGAGAUAACGAACUUUAUUUGAGUCUUUUCUCUUAUAUAUACUUUUCAGAAAGGCAGAGGCGAUGUGUCUCUAAAGCUGUGCACAAUGCCGCACCUGGAAACGAGAUUGAUCGGUGGUCUACUGCCAAGCAGCCUCGUUUUCAGGUCAAUAUGUUCCAUCGAUCAACCUUGUUUUCAUCGAAUCCUUCAUUGGUUUAAAAGUGAUUAGUUCCUCCUCAAAGGUUUCAUAAUCAGUCAAUCGGCCGACCUCGAUAGCAACAUUUUAGUGGAAAACUACGGAGAUCCCAACCGGCUUCCGCCAGGAUCGUCAGAAACAUCAGAUGAAAAACUUGACAACUGGAAUUGCUUAAUAUUAAAAUCCAGGUAUUCUUUUCUUACACCUUCUAUUGACAAAUGGUACCCCUUCCACACCGGCUUGUUUAAAACUUUGCGUCCCUUCGAAAUUGUAAAUGCGUGCUCUUUAAGAUAUGAAUAAACCUCAAAC